GGCAGCAAGUCCAGUCCUCCCCAUCCUGCGACGCCAUGGCCGCGCCCCCGCCCCCGCCGCCGCCCACGUCCCUGCAGGACCUCCACGUGGACCUCCUGCACAACAUCCUCGAGCGCAUCCCGUGCGGCGUCGACCGCGGCCGCAUGUCCAUGGUGUGCCGCGCGUGGCGCGACGCAAUGCGCGAGCAGCGCCGCCUGCUUGGGCUCCUGCUCCCGCGGCCGCCGCCGCUCCCGCGGCUCCUCCUCCCGGCGCCCUUCUCCGUCCGCCUCUUCGCCUGCAGCGCCCGCGUCGCCUGCGUCCUCAGCGCCUGCCGCGUCCACCACCACCUCGCCGUCGUCCCGGCCCGGUCGCGCUUCUUCGGCUCCCACGACGACCGCUGGAUCUUCGUCGAGACCCGCCUCCCGCGCUCCAACAAGGCCAUCCACCUCCGCAGCGGCUUCGUCCGCGGCUUCCCGCGGGAGCUCCAGCGCCGGACCGACCCGCACGUCGUCCACAGGAUGGUCAUCCACGCCGCCGCGCUCUCCUCCUGGCCCAACGACCCCAACUACAUCGGCGCCGCCAUCGUCACGUCCUGGCAGCACCCACCCGCCGUGCCGCCGUACCAUCGCUGCAUCGCGCUCUGGCGCAAGGGCUGGCCCCGCGCCCACGAUCCCGUGCCCCUUGCCCACUACGACGCCGCCUUGGAUGCUGAGGACCUCCUCUACAACAGCGUGGGACGAUGCUUCUUCUUCCUCACCCAGGGCGAACACAUCCGCAUCUGCACGCCUGUCCGGCUUCGAGAUAACGAGCUGAGGACAGACUGGGAGACGAUCCGCUUCUGUCCCAGCGGGCGCGUCUACGACCAGUACGUCCGCGCUCGCUACCUCGUCGUCUCCCGCGGCGAGCUGCUCAUGGUCGUCAGGUUCACGCCUCAGCCUAACCAGCCGACGUCCAAGUUCAAGGUGUUCCGGGUGGCUGGACGAAACACCAUGGUGCCGGACGCCUACGCCGACGCCUACCCCGUCGCUCUGUACCCCUUGGAAUGGAGCGAGCUGCACGCGCUAGAUGGCCGGAUUCUGUUCGUCGGCCAUGGCUGCUCCAGAUCCUACGAGGCGAGAUGGUACCCGCCGGGCUUCACGGAGGGCAUCUACUUCCUGGAUGAUGGGGAGUUCUACGACGCGGCAGUGAUCUUCGGCAACGGCAACGAGAGGUGCUACCCCUGCAGCGACAACGGCAAGUGGUCAGGUGGCCGUGUCCAGCGCUGCUUCCCGAGGGGAGACCCGUCGAACCGCUCUGCUCCAGUUUGGCUUCUCCCUUGAGGCGGCCACAGGUUUUCAGCUACCCUAUGAUCCUUGAGUUGAUUUGUCUGAGAUCAUGUCAUUUGACGUCCCGAGGAACUUCUGAUCGCAAUGUUCGGAGUGAGGUAGUUUCUGAUUGCAGUAUUCAGAGUGAGGUAGUUUCUGAAUGAAAUAUUCAGAAUCAGUUAGUUUCUGAAUGCAAUAUUCAGAUUUAGAUAGUUGUUGAAAUCAUAAUAUGCUGCUUCAAUUGCUGAACCGGCAUACUACAUUCCAUUCCUGUGGCUUUUUUUUUUUUGUAUCAGAUCGGUUUUGUUAACUGAACAUCCAGUGCCUUGUUGUUCCA